AGUUUAAAUUUAGUCCCUAUUAGUUAGUUUAGUAACUUUCUGAUAUAGUUGGUAGUUCUGACUUUGCUCGGUUUGCUCCUCUUUCCUUACUGCGCGCGCUGCGGCUUCUCUCUUUUUGUGUCCAAGCUGUCGUGACAAGUUAAAACACAGCCAUGUCGGAUGUUGAUGUUGAUGAUGCUCCCGCAGUCCCCGUCCCAACGGGUGGUGCCAUGGAUGUAAACCAAGCACUGCAAGAUGUGCUUAAAACCGCGUUAAUUCACGGUGGUGUCAUCCAUGGCCUACAUGCGGCAGCUAAAGCAUUAGACAAAAGACAAGCUGUGCUUUGCAUUUUGGCUGAGAAUUGUGAUGAACCAAUGUACAAAAAAUUGGUCACUGCCUUGUGCUCAGAGCAUGAAAUUCCCUUGAUCAAGGUGGAUAACAACAAGAAGCUUGGUGAGUGGGCUGGUCUCUGCAAGAUUGACAACACUGGAAAGGCCAGGAAGGUUGUUGGGUGCUCUUGUGUAGUAAUCACAGACUUCAGCGAAGAUUCGCCAGCGUUAGACGUCCUCAAGGAGUAUUUGAAGAAGUAAAUAAAUGUUUUUUAAAAAAUAAAAACUUACAAUUUAAGAAACAAACAA